CUCCCUCCCUCUCCCUCCCUCUCUCUCUCUCUCUCUCUCUCUGUGUGUCUCUCUCCCCCUUCCCCUCGCCGCGCGCGCUCCGCCGACCGGGCAGCGCAGACCGAGCGAGCGGGGCCCGCGGCGCUGCCGUGCCCAGCCAUGGACAAUCAGUGCACAGUGCAAGUCAAACUGGAGCUGGGGCACCGAGCCCAACUGAGGAAGAAGCCCACCACGGAGGGGUUCACCCAUGACUGGAUGGUGUUUGUCCGUGGCCCCGAGCAGUGUGACAUCCAGCAUUUCGUGGAACGCGUGGUCUUUCGGCUGCAUGAGAGCUUCCCAAAGCCCAAGCGAGUGUGCAAGGAGCCCCCCUACAAGGUGGAGGAGUCUGGCUACGCUGGCUUCAUUAUGCCCAUUGAAGUGCACUUCAAAAAUAAGGAGGAGCCGAAAAAGGUUUGUUUCACGUACGACCUGUUCCUAAAUUUGGAGGGAAACCCACCUGUGAACCAUCUUCGCUGUGAGAAACUGACUUUCAACAACCCCACCAAGGAAUUCAGGCGCAAACUCAUUAAGGCUGGAGGGGUAAUGGUAAUGCCAGAAGGAGCAGAAACCAUUUCAAGGCCAAGUCCUGACUAUCCAAUGUUACCCACGAUACCUCUCUCUGCCUUCUCUGAUCCCAAGAAGACCAAACCCUCCCAUGGGUCAAAGGUCAGUCCUAAGGAGGAGAAGGCACCUCCAAAAGCUGCUUUCAAGGAACCAAAACUGGCCGUGAAGGAGACCAAACUGGAGAACACUUCUCCGAAGGGGGGGCCGCAGCCGGAGUUGAAGUCUUCCAGCAAGAGGCCCUCCAACGUGGAGUCACCAAAGCCUAGUGCCAAAAAACAAAAAAAGAGUAGCUCCAAAGGGGUGAAGAACAUCCUGGGGACGUCUCCCAGAACCUCGUCUUCCUCAUAUCCGGAGAAGAAGCAAACCAAGGAGAAGAUGAAUGCCAAAGUGGAGAAGGUAAAAUCCGAGAGCGAGGCCAAGGAGAUCAAAAAGCCCGUGGAAAUGGAGGAGUCGAAUUCAGAGGAUGAAACUUCUUUCAAGUCAGAGUCUGUCCAGUCCAGCCCUUCCAACUCCAGCUCCAGCUCCGACUCCAGCUCUGACUCUGAUUUCGAGCCAUCUCAGAACCACAGUCAAGGCCCCCUGCGCUCCAUGGUGGAGGAUCUGCAGUCGGAGGAGUCGGAUGAUGACGACAGUUCCUCCGGGGAGGAGGCAGCAGUCAAAGCAAACCCCGUCAGCCGGGAUUCCAGACUGAGCCUCAGUGACAGUGACAGUGACAACAGCGCCGACUCCUGCCCGCCCAGCCGAGAGCCACCCCCUGGGCAGAAACUGCCCCCAGCAAACAACAAGGCAUCUGGAAGGAAAAGCCCAGAGUCUUGUAACAAGCCAGAGAAGAUCCUGAAGAAGGGAACGUAUGACAAGGUGUGUCACGUGGAGAGGGACCUUAUUGGAGAGGGACUUUGCACAUGUAGUAACAGGACAAGGGGGAGUGGCCUUAAGCUGCAGGAGGGCAGGUUUAGA